AUGACAUCGACGACGAGCGAUAGCAGUAAAUUACCUAUAUCGACCACCAAUCCUAAUCCCGCGUCAAACAUAAACAUAUCAACAACAUCUCAGUCUGAGACUCAGAAGGAGAACCACAAUCGCAACGUUGAAUCAUCGUCUGUGCAACCAACUAUACUUGCCAAUUCGAUCUCGCCUUCACCACAUUCCUUGACUGUUACGCCUGCAUCGCCCACUACAACCCAAUCAGAUAAAGUAGAUCAGCAGAAAGAGUUAGAUACCAAUCCUAAUCCCACCACUUCGGGUGUAGAAACGAGUAUGAAAGAAAAGGGAAAUCAUCCUACGGAAUCAGAAACUGCUUUACUUUCCCAACAACCUCAAUCGUCCACAAACAUGGCUAGCACGACAGGGGGAGAACCUAGUAAGAGUACGAAUGGUGGUGCGUUGUCUAAUUUAACGAGGAAACUGUCCAAAUCCAAUUCAAAUACCAACCCAUCAAAGGCAGGUUUAUCAAAGGAAAAGGAGAAAGAGAGUUCAACAUCCACCCCUCCAAAUAACACUACCAAACCAGCACCUACUACCACCCAAGCUUCUCCAUCUACUAAAGCAGCUGCUUCGACCAGAACGCCAUCAACUCAGAAGAAGAAAAAGAAAAGAAAAGGUUUGGCUGGAUUCUUACUUGCGCUUGGAUGUUUAUCGGCAGAUGAAUUUGAAGAGAAACCAAAACCAAAAACUUCACAACUACAGCAGCAGCAAACAACACAGAAAGCUGAUACUUCAGUCACGACUCCUAAACCUGCUGAGACCACCAGGGUGAAGGACGAAGUACCAAACAAGAAGGAAAGCUUGGACCACCAGGUAGAACCUACCGCUACAACCGGGACUACGUUGGUAGACCAGAAUGUAGAAGGUGAUAAGGCUGUGAAGCCAGGUGAAGAGAUCGUGGUUGCGCCUGCUGAGCCUCAUACCCUACCUGAUGAAGAGACCGCAGGUGUAACUUCAUCCGCUGUACAACCACCCGGAGGAGGAUCAUCUCUACUUGAGACCAGCGGAGGUUACACGGACAUCAGUAAUUCGGAGAUUCAAGAUGAAAGCAGUGGUGUGGGAGUACAGCAUGAGGAAGGUGUGGACGAAUAUGGCUUAGAGGAUGAUUAUGAGGAUGAAGAGGAUAGAUUGAUCGAACAGGGUGGUAUGGGUAUACCUAUAGAUGAGAAUGGUAACCCUGCACCUCUCCUUCCCCCUAUCUUGAAGGAACAUCACGGUAGAAAAUGUUUAGUGUUGGAUCUAGAUGAGACCCUGUUGCAUAGUAGCUUUAAGUCCCUACCCUCAGCAGAUUACAUCGUCCCCGUUGAAAUUGAAUCUCAAAUCCACAAUGUAUACGUCAUCAAACGACCAGGUGUAGAUCACUUCUUGAAAGAGAUGGGCAAGAUAUACGAGAUUGUCGUCUUCACCGCUUCUCUAUCCAAGUAUGCCGAUCCAGUAUUGGACAUGCUCGAUACCCAUCGCGUAGUCACUCAUCGACUAUUCAGAGAAAGUUGCUACAAUCAUAAAGGUAACUAUGUAAAGGAUCUCUCACAACUUGGUCGAUCAAUCGAAACUUCCAUCAUCAUCGAUAAUUCACCUGCAUCAUACAUCUUCCAUCCCAAUAACGCUGUCCCAGUCUCGACGUGGUUUAACGAUCCUCACGACACCGAAUUAAACGAUUUGUGUCCUUUCUUGGCUGAUUUAGCUACUGUUGAUGAUAUAAGGGGUGUGUUAGAUGGCAGAAUGAACUAA